AUGUUGAAGCUGCAGGCGUGCGUGCUAAGGAAGCCGCCAUCUUGGAUGAGGGCAAGGCAGGGGGCAGCCAUGUUGAAGCUGCAGGCGAUGCUUGUGUGCAGCAAGAGCCUUGUGAGAAAGCGCAGAUCAUCCGCGAGUGCCAGAGGCCGGGGGCCACUCAGAGCCAAGUGGCAGUUGCACCAGUCAGUCGUGUGCCGCAUCUGGCAGCAGAAGGAAAAGCUGUUGGCUUACUAUGAAGCCGGCCAGUCGAAUGGCUGCCGUAAGCGUGGCCGGGAAGGAAAAGCCCCUGCUGUCGAUCGGGCUCUCUUUACGUGGCUCAAGGAGAAGAGGGCGCAGGGGGCACUGCUGGCUGGACCUGCAGUCAAGGAAAAAGCCCGUCAGCUUUCCGCUUCCCUUGGACUGAACGAUUUUAAGGCAAGCGAUGGUUGGUUUACCAGAUGGAAGAGACGCUUCAAUGUCGCUUGUGAAAAAGUGCAAAGUGGAAAACAGUCAGCGGACAAACCCACCGCUGAGCAGUGGCAGUGUGAAAAACUUCCUCGUAUCCUUGAAAAGUUUUCCCUGGCUGACAUCUACAAUGCUGACGAAACAGGGCUUUAUCUGAAAGGGCUCUGUGACAGAGGACAUGGAGAAAAAAAUGAAAAGCAAGAAGGAGGGAAAGUUUCAAAGGACAGGGUAACUGUGCUCGUCUGUGCCAACAUGGAUGGGAGUGACAAACGCCCGCUGUUCAUGAUCGGGACAUCAAAACGACCCCGAUGCUUUCCGGAGGAUUUCAGGAAACUUCCCCUCAAUUAUGUCAGUUCAGCGAAUGCCUGCAUGACAGGUGAGAUUUUCAUCAAGUGGCUGAAAAAAUGGGAUCUUCAGCUUUGCUGGCAGAGCCGUCAGAUAUGCCUCUUCCUGGCUAACUUCUCCGUACACCCACAAGGAGUGGUUCUCACUAACAUUCAGCUCGAAUUCUUACCCCCUAAUGCCAUGUCUUCGAUGCAACCUAUGGCUCAAGGUGUCAUUAAGAAUAUGAAGGGACAUUACCGAUCAAAAAUCGCAAGCCGGAUUAAUGUUGCUCUUGAUGUGGACCCCAGCACAGAUGUUCAGACAGUUCUGAAAACUGUGAACUUGCUAGAUUGCAUUCAUCUUGUUGCUGAGGCCUGGCAAGAUGUAAAGCCAACAACAAUUUCCAACUGUUUCCGGAAAGGCAGAUGUGUUGUGCCAGAGGAAAGUGUGCGAGACAAGGACAUUGCAGAGUUUGAUGACCCCCCUGAACGAUGUUCCACUGCCAGUCAACAUGGAAAAAGAGGACUUAGUAGCUGCUGUGGCUGUAGAUGA